UCACGAAGGUGGUGUAUUGGUGGUUGCAUUCGGUGGGGCCGGUGGACAUGGAGUGACGUCGAUGGCAGCGAGGAUACUGUCGAUGCCAAGGAUACAGCCCUCGUCCACUCCUUCAUAGGCGAUGUCCUGAAAUGA